AUGAACUUGGAAUACGAUUCAGAGGAAUCUUUUGCCACAUUUAAUAGCCCGAACCUACCCUCUACUUUAGCUUAUAGCACGAACUUCCUCGGUGAGCUAGUUGAUUAUAAAGUCUUCCCUCGAAAGAUUGGUCACAAGAUGCCGGACACUAAAGACGUGGUAGUCUGGUCUUUGGAAGGGCUAGGUUACACAAACGACGCGCCGAUUGUUUACGCCGAUGGCCGAAUCAACGACCAGACGCACCCGCCGGACUACUACGCAUACAGCCCGCUCGCAUACAGUCCGCUCGAAGACAGUUGGGUGGAAGGCUUGCGGGAAAUUGAAGAUUUUGAUUGGUCGAAUGAUAAAGAGGGCGAGCAGAAACCUGGUAUAUUGGAUAGCAAAAUCCAUGAUGAGGAAGAAUUUGACAGUAUUGCUGGCACGUUGUGCCCAAUUGGUCAAGACAAAGACCGUGAUCUUUCCAAUGGCCAAGUUGCGCAUCUACUUGAACGAACACACUUACCGCACGAUCGACCGGGAGAUGGAACUUUCAAGUUAAGGGACCUACCAUCAGCGAACGAUACAGCGCCUGUCGCCGAAGUCACUGACACUGUUGUGUCGCUUCCACCUACCGAGCAUGUUGGAUUAGAUUCGCAUAUCGACGAUGGCAAACAUGCUGCGGCCCAAGAUUACAUGGACAUUGAUGGCGUAUCGAUCGCCGCUGCCGCUAGAUGUGGUGAUAUCAGUUCUACGAUUGAAGGCGGGAUUACUGCACAACAAGGGAAAGUCAUGAUGCCUGAGCCGGCGGCCUGCCAAGAAAAGCAUUUCGCAGGUGGCAUUGCGACCGAGAUGAAACCUUGUGCCAGCCCAAACCAUAACAACGGAGUCAAGGCCUCAACCGUUCUUUACUCGCCAGCUUCUUCAUACCACGGUAUCCACACUGCGCACGGAUCAGACUUGGUGAACCCCGCGCAAAUUGCCAAGGCUCCUGACGUACCAAAGAGAGACACACCGAUCAUUCAUGCGCCGGAGAUUGGGUCUGAACAUACAAUGGUCAGUCAAGCCACUUCCUCGGCGCUGAGUGAGGGCUAUUCGAUUGGUUCACCAGAAUCUCCUGAGGCACUAUCGCGGAGGGAAGAGAACGUUGAUGGACCCAGGCAAACGCAGUUACGAGAUGCAGCUGACGACAUAUCUCCCGUUGGGCUUGCCGAGCUUUUGCCAUCGGAAUACCAUAAUCACAACGUUCACUCCGUCAAGCCAUACCUGGAGACCGUCAGCGAUGAGGUAUCUAUGCGACACAGUUUACAGCUGAAGGCCCCAUUACGAGCCCAGCAAUCCAAGGAAAGAGCGUCUCUGCCGCCACUACCUUUCGCGUCUCAGUAUGAUGCAUUAGGUGAUGGAAGGUUCGAGAUCAUAACUGCUGAAGCAUCUACAAGCAAAGAGAACACAUCUGUGACACAGCUAGCUCAGAGGCCGUCGAAGCUUCCAUCUCCAUCCAAAGUCGAACCACUUGACGCCAGAGCCGAAGACCAGGUGUUUACACCCGACUUGGAACGAAGCGAAACCGCUGGACGGAUACCCAAGAAUGAUCUUGUAGAAGGCAGUUCGUCUAUAGAAGAUCAAGACAGGGCCAAGGGUAUAGAUCCUUCACCGCCAUUCACAUUGCUUUCAGGCUCUCCAACACCAACUCCAGCACCCGAAGGUCGGACCGUUCACCUUCGCAAACGCUCUAAAUCGUCAAGCAAUACCAAGAACGCAUCAGAGACAGACUCAGAUGCCCCACCGAAGAAGAAGGCGAGGAGAGGUACGCCUGCGGAGCCACGUCCUGACGCCGUCAAGGAGAGGAGUAAGGCGCUCAAAGAGCUGGAAUUUAAAACUGCGCCAUCGUUCGCGAAGACCAGACGUGGCGCAGUCAAUUCGGAGAAGGAAAUCACUCUUAUGGACGAGGCGGAUGAAGAAUCGCAGAGCAUGAUUUUGAAUAGUGAUACGGAGAUGCGAUGCUCUGAUCACGAAGGCAACGAUGCCGAUAUGAAAGGGCACUGUAGCGACGUUGAGGUUCCAGUGACACCCAGCAAGUUCGUUCCUCCAGUUGAACAAGCCCCCAGCCCAUCAAUAUCCAGACAAAAAGUCUCCGACCGUGAGCUUCAAGGUCUCAGCUCAACUCAAUACCGUGACCGAUCUUCGAAGGCGAAGCGAGACAUAAUACCUAUCUCACGUCAGCUGUUCAAGCUGGACACGCUGGGUAAGCUCGGGCUACGUACGAACGCUUUUGAACAAUCACCAGCCAUACACGGCAACGACGACAACUCAUUCGCUCCUGUUGAAGGUAGCGGUGUUACUGGUAGUACCCCGAAGAUGGUCAAACCCCCCAUGGCAGAGCCGAAACCUACUUCAGAGCUGAUGGAGACGCAAGAGAACUCCAAAGCAUUAGCAAUGGCUAUCAUGGAGGGUUCCGAUGCUCUUCCUGCAAAGAGACGAAAGAAUGAACCUAUGGAAGCGGAAGAGGAAGAAGAAGAGUCAUCUCCAGCAUCCAAGAUAGACACAGCAAAUCCUGCUUCAUUACCAGAACUUACCACGCCUCCAAGAGGACUCUUCACGAACGCUCGCAGAGUAACGAGCACACAGAACGUUGACCAGAACGGGGACGUCACGCCGGCGGCCGAAGAUGAUCCUGUUAUGAGCCAUAGUGGUUCACGCGAUGAUGACUCAUCGUCUGGAAUUAGCGAGCCUGGAGACGUUGAAGACCUCUCAGAAGAGCAAAAUAUCCACUUCAAAGACGCACGAGAGACCAUUGAGACACCUUACAAAGAUGAUCAAGCUCAUGAAGACUACUCUGACACUUCCGUCCCAGUUAGUAAGAAGCCCCAGCUUGAGAGAAAGGCCUCAAUGCUGGGGAACCAAUCGCUCAGUCGAACGAACUCCCGCAGGGAUACACCAGCAUCUAGUGUUGCCUCCCCUAAAGCCGCCCUAGCCAGGAACAAAUACGGUUUCAAGCCAUGUCCAAAAGGCCCACGAGCACCACGAACACGGGCGGGGUGUAAGGCAGCUGUCAGUUCUGCAGCGCCCACUCCUCUAGUGCCAAAACCAGUACCCGCCCCGAAGGUCAGGGUACUCCCGAAGCGUAAAGCGAAGACCAUUUGUAAUAACACAAAGGCGGAUAUGAAUGAAGAUGACGAAGCGUUACCCUUCGUAUCCGAUAUCACAGCUAAAGGCAAGGCCAAAAGGUCUACCUCCGUAGCUACGGCUACUUCCGGACCAUCAAACCAGCCUUCUGUACGUAAAACGCGUCAUGCGUCCGCGAUGGAAAAUCAGAGCAAAACCGCGCGAAGAGAAGAGAGCAAAGUGGUGGAAGAUAAAACUAGGACUGCAGGCAAGGCAAGGCAAGGCAGAAAGGUUUGA